AUGGUUCAUCCUUGUGAGACUGCUGGUAAAGGACCGGUUUGGGCUGAUUUGCUCGACCAGGGGGUCAAGAGUCAAGACUGCACUGUUAGUCGGCAUGGGGAUUCAGAUCAUUCAGCGGUUUUCUGGUAUAAAUGGAGUUCUUUACUAUACCCCCAAAUCCCUGAAGAAGCAGGAGUAGAAGUUCUUCUUUCAAACUUGGGAAUCAGUUCGGAAUCUGCAUCGCUCCUCAUCACCUUCACGACUCUGCUGAUGCUUCCAUGCAAUGCCAUCGCCAUGCUUCUGAUUGAUAUCUCAGGCAGAAGGUAG